GCAUCUGGCAGUGGGCGGCGGCCCUGUCAGUUGGUGCCUCCUCUCCUCGCAGUAUUUGCUGCAGCAGAAACAACACAACAGUCCCCGCCUCUGCCCACUGCGACGCCAACAGCAGUAAGCUCUACGUCUAAAUUUUACAAAUAAUUACGGAAGUAAAUGGGAACGGUUGUUUCCUGGCUUUCAAAUUUGCCUGCUAAAAAGUACCAAUAAAGACGGCACUUGCCUCGCCCUUAUGGUCUUAUGGGCUUUAUGGGCGUCAGGAAGCAGACUAUUGAUACCUCGUCCGAUGUCACGCCAGCGUGUGGACUCUGGAGGCGUCUGUUCAAUGGCUGAGCAGUGAUUAGAUCAGCCUUACUUCACUGGCAGGUGAUAGUGGCCCGGCGCGGUAAUGACCUGAUGCUUCUCCACCUCCAUCACAGUCCCGCCUCACUCCUCUGCUGGAACAGCCCGACCCGCUCAGGGCCUCUUCACCUGACUUGCACGCCACGCCAUGCCCGAGGCGCCACAGAUGUCCGAGGCAGGGUGCACCCCGGGGCCUGGGAAGGGUUACUCGGUGGUGCAGGUCGUCACGCCUUCAGAGGAGGCGGGCUCGGCCAGCAGGACCCCAACCCAAGACUGGACGUCGCGGGUGCCUGAUGGAGGGUGGGGAUGGCUGGUGGUAGGCGGCAGCUUCAUCCUUGCGAUGGUGAUGCCUCUGGUGAAUCAAGGGUUCGGCGUGAUCUUUUCCCGCUACCUGCUGCAGGAGGGCAGCUCCUCCAGUCUUAACUUCUGGCUCUUCAACGUCCAGUCUUGUAUAUGGAACACGAUGGGGCUGAUGAUAAAGCCACUGACGCAGGAGUUCGGGUGGAGACCCGUGGCCAUAACUGGGGUGCUGCUGGCAUUCGUUUCCCUCUUGCUCUCCGCCUUCACGCCGUCGCCUGUGUUCCUCCUCUUCUCCUUCUCCUUGCUGUCAGGCAUAGGCGGCGGCUUGGUGAUGUGCAUGACCUUCAUCAUCGUGCCAUCCUACUUCGACCGGAGGCGCGGCCUGGCCAACGCGGUGAUGAUGGCAGGCGUGUGCACUAGCCAGAUUGUGGGCCCACCCUUCCUGCGCUUUCUGCAGGACGAGUACGGCUACCGGGGCGCAACGCUCAUCCUGGCCGCCGUCAUCCUCAACUGCUGCGUGGGCGCUGCUUUCUACCACCCGGUCGAGUGGCACUUGAAGAAACCGCCGCAAUCCGCAAGCCCCCCUUACACAGAGCCUGCAGCCAGGGAGUCCAGGCAGGCUGACUGUGGCGGCGAGGAGGCUGAGUGGGCGAGUCUGGUGGCACACACACGGGCUAGAGGCGAGGACGGCAUUCAUUGGGACGGAGAGGAAUCCACAAGUACGAAAUAUAAACCAGAUGGAGUAGAGCCAGACGCGGGUGCACCCCGGCAAGUCGUGGACCUGAGAAGGCUGAUGGCCCGCGUGGCGCGCAACACUGUGGCAGGCCUCGCCAUCCUGCGGUCACCGUGUGCUCUCAUCAUUGGCCUCGGCUCCACCUUCUUUCUCAUCGGCUUCUACAACUUCAUUAUGAUGGUUCCCUUCGCCAUGCAGAUCGCGGGACACAGCCUCGCGGACGCCGUCAAUUGCAUCUCCGCCUCGGCCUUCUCCAACCUAGUGAUGCGCAUAUUGGGCUCCGUGCUCUCAGACUAUGCUUGGUACAACAUGCGCCUCGCCUACAUGGCUGGCUUAGCUCUCACCGCCACCUCCAUCAUGGUGUUCCCGUUGCUGGAGUCGGUGCCGUGGAUGAUGGUGGUCAUGACGACCUGGGGCAUGGGCGUCGGCACCACCAUGAGUCUCUUCAACCUUAUCAUGGUUGAAUUCAUGGGACUUGAAAACCUCCCGCUAAUGUUUGGAGGAACCUCGCUCAUGAUGGCUACUGGCUUCCUCACCAUUGGUCCUCUUAUAGGUCUGGUGCGGGACACUAGUGGCAGCUACCCAUUCAGCAUGUGGGUUGUCUCUGGUUACGUCUACGUCAGCUUCCUCCUGUGGAUCUUCAUGCCAGCUGCCCAGGCAUACGACCGGCGCAAGGUGGAGGGCGAGGUGGUGGCGUUGUGACCCAAAGACAGGAUAAGCCUCGUGUGGGAUUUGCUAUAUGUUAGAGCUGCCAGGGUGCUUAUGUGUGAAAGACAUUGUUUUAUUUUGUUAGUCUGAAGGUUAUCGUUUAGAGGCGAGUUUAAAUUUACCAUUAAAACCUCCAAUUGGACUUUUGCAUUUGACAGUCAGUACAGGUGUCUUCAUAAUGUUACUGGUUAUGAAAAUUGCAGGUUAGGUGUCCAGCAAACUUUAUUGUAAGGAGCGACGCCUCAGAGAUAACAGAAAAAAACAAUAUAUCAGUCGUAUCAUUAUUAUUAUUAUUAUUAUUAUUAUUAUUAUUAUUAUUAUUAUUAUUAUUAUUAUUAUAUAUUCAUCAAUUCAUGUGUGUCCUGUUGUUCAGUAUUCUUUCCAUGUGGUGAGUCUGUCCUAUUUUUAUCUUUUACUUGUACCCCACUCUCAAGGAAGUUUCUUCACCUUCCCUACAUUCCUCUCCAGUCCUUAGGGAAAACACCUGCAUUGCCUUCCUCGCAGGUCAUUGGUCACAAAUUAGGAUCACCUGUUAUUGGCCUAAGUACCCCUUUUUCUAUCCAUCUGAUUGCCAGUCUUCCCAGAAUCUCUAUUGGCCAGUUCCCUUCUGAUCUUGAGUAGGCAGAUUUACAUAAAUAGACCGUGUAUGUAGCAUUGAGAGUCAGUCAAUUCAGAGAGAGAGUUGAGUACAUCUAAUCAUAUCAUGUCACAUCACGUCCGUCAUAUCAGUGUCUCACGAAAUCAAGCGUGUACUACUACUACUAUAUCAUCAUUAAAAGAAGGAAGGUGA